AAUUGUUUAAGGUAAUGGCCACUGCCUUGGCGCAAGACUCAGACUGAAUGGGAAUUUGUUAUUAUUUUAAAUUUUAGUUAAAUGCUCCGAGGUAACUGAAUGCUCUUUUUUUUUUUUUUAUACCUUCCGUAAUACGAUAUUUACAGUUUCCAUGUUACGACUCAAAUUGAAGUGUAAACAAAAAAUAAAAUAACACCGACAAUUGUAGUAAAAUAUUGCAAGUUUGAGCAUGAUUUAAUUUUUAAAAAUAAUAAAAUUGAAAUAGUCUAAAUGUUCAAGUAACAACUUAGGUCUAAAGCCCAGUAAAGCUAAAAAGGUAGUACUCCGUAUAUCUAAGACAGGAAUAAGUAAGACUUUCACAUAGUGCUUACUCUUAUGGACUCUUAGACUAGAGAAAUGAAACUUUUAAGUUAUGUUGAAUUGGCCUGCCUUUAACUUUUACUGGACUCUUUUCUUUUCCCUUUAAUUUUUCAUCAUCAUCAGUCAUAAGGGGCACUUCAACCCAUAUAGGACCCUGACCUGCUCCACCGCAUCCUUCUAUUUGGAUUGAUACAUGUCUUUCCACCUCCAGCUGGUUUAAUCCUUAUCUAGUAAUCUAGCUCCUCGAUCCAUCCCAGUCUUGGUCGAAUGGUGAGCCUUCUUCCCCUAGGUUUCUGCCUAUAGAUUGCUCUUGGUGCUCUACAAUCUGGCAUCCUCUCAAGGUGUCAUAUCCAGCGGAUUCUCUCUUUUUUAAUUGUUGCAAUAAUGAUUGGGUCUUUGUACAAUUUAUAAAUCUCUUUGUACAAAUUCUCCAUCCAUCAUUGUUUAAUACUGAUAUCCCAUGCCCAUAUAUUUAGGAUUUUCCUCUCCCAGGUGUUGAGCAGUUUCUCUGCUUUUCUUGUAAGGGAUCAAGUCUUACUUGCAUAAAUUACAACUGGUCUUAUAAAAGUUUUGUAUAUUGUCUUCUUUGUUACUCUCGAGAGGUUUUUUCACCCUAGUAGCUUUUGUUGACUUAUAUGAGAACAGUUGCAAGCUGUUGUCCUUUCUUUUACCUCCAACAUUAUUUCAAUUUGCUCAUGUAUAGUAGAUCCGUGAUAUUUGAAAGUAGCCACUCUCUCAAAGGUGUGGUUGCUUAUUUUGAUUUCCUCAGUAUGCAUGUUUUGUGACAUAACCAUAUAUUUUGUCUUGGCUUCAUUUACCUCAAGACCAGGUUUAAUUGAUGCAUCUUCAAGUUCCUGAAUGCUUUAAUUAUAUCAUGCUGUUUCUGCCCAAUAGAACUAUGUCAUUCGCAUAUGCUAGGUACUGUAAUGGUUGGCUAUAUAAAUUUCCUGAUGGUUGUGAUUCUCUAAUGUUUCUCUGGAAGUAGUUUGGGCUUGUUCCACUGGUGCUCAUGUAUAUGUUUGUCAUGACUUCUUAUAAUGCGAUGUUGAACAGGAUACAUGAUAGUGAAUUUCCUUGACAAAUGGGUCCAGUCCUCCUUGUGGUAGAUCAUAAUCCUAAUUGGCUCCUCUAUGCCUUCACUGUGUUUUGCCCAUCUCUCUAGUACCCUACUACUCUCUGUGAUCAGUUCUCCAUCCAACCUUCCACACUUGUGUAAUCUUGUUUGAAAGCUGUUAUAUUCCUGUUUUAUCAUUGUUUACUCUGUUCCACUUUGAACAAUUUGCAUAAUUUUUUCCCCAGUGCUUAUUUAUAUUUGUUUUGUUGGCCAUUUUAAAUUAUUCUAGUUUAGUUUGAAUCGUCUGUUUAUAUGACUCAGUAAUGUUUGGGUCCCUACUUAACUUCUGGCUAUUGUACUGUUUUUCUCUUUUACUAGGUUUAUUAUGGAUGUUACAAAUUCUUAGUUUAUUUUUUAUUUUUACAAGUAUAUGGUCUGUGCCUAUGUCUGCCCCUAAAGGUUCGUACAUCUUAUAUGUUGGAUCCAUGCCUCUGGUCCAUGAGUAUGUGAUCAGUUUGAAUAUGGGUACAUCCAUCUGGUGAUAUCCAUGUCACUUUAUGUAUUUGUUUGUUUUGGAAUAUUGUGCUGCUGAUUAUCAUUCCUUUCCUUGUAGUGAAGUCUAUUAGAUAUACCCCGUUGUCACUGUUCUCAUCAUGCAAACUUUUCUUUCUGAUAGUUGUUCUGGUUGCUGGUUCCUAUCCAAUGUUUUUUUUUUAAAAGGACUAUAUUGGUAUCAUGGCGUGUAACCUUAUCAAAUAUUUUAAUUUUUAAAUUUAUUAAUAAGAUUAAGAUUCAGACAAAUAGACUCUAAUAACACCAAUGAUAUUUGAGAUUCCACCCCUUAUUAGGCCUACAAGAUGUCUACCCAGAUGACAUUCCAGAUAUGCAAAAUAAUAUAAUCUAUGAUUAUAACACCAAAAUAACUGGCAUAUCCUAUUAAAUGGUAUGAUUUACCAUUGUGCCCAAAGGCAUAGGCUUUGACUUAUGAUGCCCUAUAAUCCUAUUUUAUACAAUAAGUUUCAUAUUACAUAAUCAUAAUAACAUAUUAAGAAUGCUAUUGAGUAGUUAACCCUCUUAUGAUAGACAUGCUCUUUGUUUAGGCCCAAAGCCAAUGGAAUUGUUAUUUUAAAAAAAAUUUCUUUGACUCCUUAAUAAAGAAAUAUUUUAAUAUUAGCCUAUAUAUAUAAUAAAUUAAUGAAUUAUUGUAAAUUUAUUAAUAACUUAUUAAUUAUUCAUUUAAAUAGGUGGAACAGUGGUGUAGCUAGGGUUCGUGCCACCGGGCAUGUGAAGAUUUUCGCUUUCCAUCUUUUCACCUCUGCAGUUUGUCAAAAAUUCUGCCCCCACUAUAUAAAGAAAAAAAGUGCCACUGGGGCUGACUGCCCUUCUGCACCUCUCUUCAUACGCAACUGCGGGGGGAACUCUACCCCACCAUACUGCCCCCCAACCAUGACUUAAAAAAUAUACCAUAACAUUGUUUUAAUCAUUUAAAAAAAUUAUUAUUUCUGCCCAAAAAAAAGUCCAUAUUGCAUUUAGUCACUAGUCGCUUGAAGCCAAAGCCGUAUCAGUCCAAACUAAUUCAAUGGAAGAUUCAUGCAACAUUUAAAUCAUAAAAGAUUUUUUUAAAAAUUGUUAAUGUUAUUGUAAGUUCAAGUUCUUUGUUACCAGCUUUACCUUCUUAAAUAUAAUAUUUAUAGCAACUUGUGUGAACCCAUAAGUACAAAUCAGUUAACUCCCUUUACCCCUUUUACUAAGCAGCAAACCCCAAUUCUGCAAUUUACACACAUUUUAUGGUAGAACAAAAAUCAGUAAAAAAAUAUAUAUAUUUUUUUCCCUUCAAAAAUCUGAUCCUAAAUAACGCCUGUUUUGUUCUUGGAACAGUUAUGUAAUAUGUUUUGUGACUAUUUAAGCUCAUUUAGUUGUAACACUAUUUUAGCUUCUUUAAUCAUAUAAAAUAAUGGAAUAUUAAAAAUUUGAACAUUUCUUUAUUCAGGGAGGGCCUCUAAAAUGACGAAGGAAAAGGGGCUUCAUCCUACUUCCCCCAUCCAUGUCCAUACUGAUGAUACACCCAUUCAUGUUCACGUUAAAAAAGGAAAGAAAAAGGUAAAACAUUUAAUUCAUAGCUAUAUUAAUCUAAGCUGACCUUCUAAAGAAGACAAUUUUACUUCAUUUACAUUCCACAUGGUAUAUAUUUUGUGAUGUGUCGAUUUUCUUUUAAUGAAAAAGUAGAUUAAAAGUAUUAUUAGAAUUUAUUAGAUUGUGUUUUUAAAGUGCUUUAAAAUAAUAUUGUCAACAUCCAGAAUUCUUUGGCCAAAUCAUCCAGUAACUUAAGGCUACAGAGAUCCACAGCUGCAUCAAGGGCUAGAGCUCGGAGCAUGAGCCCACCAUCAAAGUCGGGUCCUUGGGUGCCUGCCCCUGGGAAAGCAACGAGAGGUGGACGUGUCACCUGGCAGGUUAGUUUUUUGUUUGUAGAUUAAACUCCUCAAAUUUCUUUUAGGCACUUUGAAAAUAGUAAAAUGAGAAUAAGGGAUUUUUAAAAAUUCCGAGAAAAUGUUGGUAAAGAAAUUAAAAACUUUAAAUGUAAGUAAAAAAAAAAAAAUCAAACAACACAUUUAAAAUAUUUCAUGUUAUUAUAUGCUGUGGUUAAUCCCAAUUUUUUUUUUAAUCCCCAGGGUUCAGGAAAGCUUGAAAUUAACCACUUGCGCAGCAGUGAUCUUUCAACAGAUGAUGAAGAGAGGGUGGGCGGAGAGGUCAGGAGAUAUGAAAAGAAAAUUAACAACCUCCUGAAUGAGGUUGGAACCCUUAAAAAUGAGGUAAUUAUCAAUAGUAAUAAUGUCUAGGAUGAUCAUCUAAGAGAUUUCAAGAAAGUAACAUGCACUUUGCCUUGAUUAACUUAAUUGCAGUUUUUAAUUUUGAAUCUAUUAAAGUAAAUAAAUAGUUCUUCUGUGUACUGAGCCGCAGGUAAUCCCCCCCCCCCCCCCCCCCCAUUUCUUAACUGAUAAUUUUUUUUUCCAUUUAAAAAUCCCAUCCUUUAGUUUUUGAUGCAUUAAAGCUGCACCAAGACUUAUUUGCACUGACUUAGUUUUUCAUUUUAAUGAGUAUAUUAAGUAGUGUGCUUAUAAGAUUGUUUAACUACGUCUCGCAGUCAAAGUUGGUGGAUACCUGCAGGCUACAUUGUGUUGCUCAUGAACUGAAGCUUGUGAGAUGACAAGUUACUCAAUUACUUUGUUUAUAUUUAAUUUUUUUUAGCAAGAAUUUUGUGCCAUGUUUUUUGCAUUUAACUUUUCUGUCAUUUUAAUUAUUUCAAAAUCUUAACCUUUUACAAAGCUUUGUUUUACACUUAUAUUUUCCUAUCUGUGAAUAAUAGAGCUUUUUAACAGGAUAAAAGUGUGUCAAGUAUUUCAGAUUAAAAAAAAGAAAAUACUUUUAUAAAAAAUUUAUAUCUCCUUGAAAGAUAAUAUUAUAACUUUUAAGUCUUGACUAUUAUUAAAAAAUCAUUCAUACUUGGGUGUAAAUCCUUGGAGGAGAGCAGUGUUGUUAAUCUUGUCAAUUUGAAUGAUGGAAGGCAAUUAAAGAAACUAUUAAAGAAUAUAAAAAUAUAUUAGAAACAGGAUGAUCUAUAAUUGUGGUUGGAUCAGUUGUAGCUUGUUAUUCAAGUUGUAUUUAAUUUUUAAAUUUCGAAGCAUUGUAUGAACUGUAUGUGACAUCUCAUGGUGAAUACUCAGGUGUUUGCUCAUUGAUGGUCAUCAGAUGGUCACCAUUACCCAAGCCCUGAGACACCAAUCCUUAGAGAUGAAAAAUGUAAAUAGAUAGAAAAAAACAAAACAAAAAAACAAUCACCAUAAAUUGGACACUGCUAGGCUAUUUAAUGAGGAUAAUUUUUUGGCAGUCCAUGCUGAAAGAUUUGAAAAGAAAUGGAAUAUAUAAACAAGUAACUAAGUGCCGUGAUAUGUUCUGUAAGAUCAUUGACAUUUUCCAAAUGGGGCUAGCUGAAGAUAUGACAUUAAUAAGCAUCACACAUUGAACUCACAGGUAGUCUUGCAGAAAGCACUGCAGGAAAUUGAGCACAAGGAAGACCUCCUCAAUACAUCCUCAAGAAUUCUUGAAAGGCAAGAGGCGGAGCUGGAGCAUGUGGAGGAGGAGCUUGCUGUCACAGAGACAGAGAAUAAGCUACUUAGACAGAACAUGCAGCUCAUAGCAGAGGAGGCAGAGAUCACUAAGUAAGUUUGCUUAGGUUUUAGGUAGUAUUCAUAUGUGUGUGCAUUCAGCCCAUACUGUUGGGAUAGAUUAGGCUGUCAGGUUUUUUUUUCUCUUGCCAGAUUGGCUGCUAUCUUCCAUCUUUGAAAGCUGCAGAUUGUUUCAUCCAACCUGGCACUUUGCUCAUAGCUUUAAAUGACCUCAAAUUCAAGUGACCCUGCUACCACCUUGAUGCUAGUAAUCCUAGACAUCUAUUUGUGGCCCCCUGUCAUAGCCUGUGUGUGGACCUAGUUUUGUUCACCCUGCGAGGUGUCAGCCAUUACAUGUAAUCUUACCUUCCCCCCUUUUUUUUUGUUACUGAUGUCACCAAUUAACUCUGCUACUCAUUUCCCCUACCACCCCUGCUUGGGAAAGCUUCCAGAAGGGUCUACAUCGAGGGAGAUUUCUCGACUUUCUAUUCUGCAGGGUUUUGACUCCCUCACUAUUUAUGCAAUGGUCAAAUUAAAGGUGCACUGAAAGACUUAAAAUAAUUUUCACUUUUAUAUGUGUGUGUGGAUUGAUAACACUAAUAAAACUUUGCCUUUGACAGUAGCGAAGGGAAUAAAGUUAAUGAAGAUAAUGACACCAGCUCCUGGAGCUCAAGGUUUGAGGAUCAUUGAUGUUUUUGUUGUUUUUUUUUUAGUGACAAUUUUAAUACUUUUAUUUUGUGAAUGAGAUGUUUGAUGCACUAACACUUAUUGCUUUGUACAAUUUAUGUUAUAAUAAAUUAUUAAAAAUAUCUUCACAACAAAUUUGUGAGAAUAUUGAUCAAAUUUUCAUUGGUUAUCUUGCUAUUACUGUAUUUUUGUUUUUUGGUUAUGUAUAUCUCUUAACUGGAUAACAUAUUUUUCUAACCAGACAUUAAUUAAUAAUAUAUGUCAUUGCCUUAGGCUCUUCAAUAGCGCGAAAAGUAAUAUUCCUUUUAUAGUGGAACAAAUGGCAUGCGCAUUUGCUAACAUAGGAAAAUAUAGUUCAAGGGAGUUGACACACUGUGGGCAUAUUUGCAUAAGUGUAUCCCUACAUCAAAAAUUAGAAAGGGGAAGACUGGAUAAGAUUUUAUUUGAAACUAAGGAUAUUGAGAUUUUCACCAUUUUUUUACCCAAAAAUACAGUUCAGGGGCAAGGAUAAGGGCUGGGCACAUUGUCUAAAAGAUACUUAUUUCCUAUAAUAAAUUUCAGUGUGUAUCAAGAGCCCAGUAAAGUUAGCUCAGGUAGUGUGCAAGGGGCCUCAAGGUGAGACUGAGAACUGAUGGCUUUCAUCUUUGUGCUUUUGAUUUCAAUUAUCUUUUUGUUUAACCUAUAGAAUUUCGGAAACACAAGAAGCCAUUAAAGAUUGAUCAUCAAUUCAGUAUACAUUUCAUUUUUGAGGUUGCUAUUUGCUUGACAAGCUUAUAACCAUCAUUCAUUUAUGGUGUUAUAAUGGAGAUAUUGACAAUUGGUUUAUUAAAUUUCCAAGAAAAUAAUAGUUGUUUCACUAAUGGGAAUGCAGCAUUUUUAAAUGACUUUAGAGAAACGAAAGCUUACAAAUUUAUGAGAUGGUUGUGUUGCUCUAUCAAUAAUUAAAUUAGAUAUUUCUCACAGGGCUUAGCACCACUAAUUUGAUAAGAAAAGUUUUAUUUCUAAGAUUGGUUUCAGUAUUGAACCAGCUUAUUUGAAAAUAAACCAUAGCAUGACAGUCAAAAGUUUAGUGCUUUAAGAACAUUUCCAAGGGGUAUAUCAUUGAUAAAGCUCAAUUUAUUUUUCUCAUGAAUGUCCAUUUAUAUUGAUUUUAACACCUUAUGUACAUUUUCUCCAGUACUGAUUCAAAAAGCUCAGUCCUUUUAAGUGAAUCCAGGUUUGACUGAAUUGUUUGUGUUUUCUUUUGAAAAUGUGAAGAUUUACAUUUUUGAGCAAUCUUUUUGAACAGUUUUGUUUGAGGAAUUUCUGUUCAAGUUUUUGUUGUGUUAAAUUUUAAAAAAUUUAUAUGACUUAUUUUCAAUGUGCAAUUUUUGUUAUCAAACUCACCUUUAAGAGAUUGUUCCAAAUGAUAGGGACACAAUACUUAUUUUGCAUCAUAUUAGUUUUUUUAUUUUAUUUCUGAACGUAAUAUCCAUUUCUGCAAUAAAUGACCUGACACAUCAUUCCUUGAUGACCACAGUUCAAAGUCUUUAACCCUUUACAGUCCGAUGCGCCCGAAAUGCGCCGAUUUUUUCCUUAAGCGUACAGUCCGAUGCGGCCAAACCCGCCCGUUACGAGGUUGUUUACUUUCGUUCUUAGCACAGCGGAAAUCCAUUGCGCAUUACUAUUUAUAGUUCUACCGGAAGAAAGCCUCGUUGUCGGCAUUUAUUUUGAUACUGGUUUGACCGCGGUGUGCUUAGGGGCUGAUUUUCUGUGAUUUUUUUUAAAAGUCGCGAUUUUUUCGCUGUAAAAAAUGGCUAUCUAAGCCUUGGAUACACUUUUGAAAGAACUUAGGCCUAAUGAAGCUACACUAUUUCAUGAGUGGGAGGGUCUCUGAAACUAUUUUUAGGUUUAACUUUUGAUUUAAUCAUUUCUUUGUAUUUAGGUAUUUUUUAUUUUAUUUUGUUGCUUGUAGUUUAUUUUCGUUAAAUUAAUUAGAUAAAGAACCUUCAUUUAAAAUGGAGUUAUGUCCCUUUGCUUGGGCGCUGGGAGUAGACAAGGCUGAAUAGGUUUGGACUGUAAAGGGUUAAUAUUUAAAAAAAAAAAAAAAAAAUCAAUGCAGACCUGUUUACUCUUACGAUAUUGGUGUACAAUGUAUGAUUUUGAAGUGUAUGCAUUGUAUAUACUGUAUGUUUAUUUUUCCUAUUAAGAUAAUGUAUUCAACGAUUUUGUGAUGAUAUUGUACGGUUUUAAGAGUUUGAGAGUAAACUGGUCUGUCAAUGCAAUUAAGUGUAUUGAAACUAUUUUUUAUCUCAUGUUUCAGAAGGAUUAUGCAAAGUUUGACACCACAGCGCAAACAGAAGCGAUUUCUCUGAAGCAAACAUAAAAAUAAAAUUAAUCCAAUUUAUUUUCUUGCCUAUUUUGAAAUAAAUACUAAAUUUUUUUUGUUUUUGUUUCAUUAAAAAGAAGCCAGAAAGAUUUGCUGAACUAUGAAAGGGAAAAGUUAAUGAAGAAACUGAUUGAGGCAGAGAUGGAUGGGCAUGCUGCAGCACAGCAGGCAAGGUUUUACAUUUUAAAAAAAAAGUUUUGUUUCACUGAACAGUGAUUCACAAUUUUUCAACUACCAGAAAUUAGUUAUGAAAUUAAAUAAAUUAAAAAACCCAACCCAAUAAUAAAAAAAAGUUACAUAUUUUUUUUUCUUGAACAAAAAUAAUUUACUUAAAAUAGAAAAUAUUCUUUAAACAAUAUAUGAUUGAAGAAAUGCUGAAAAUCGGCAAUAGAUAAAUAAUUAUAUAUUCUUUUGUUGCAAACCAUGAAUACUGCCUUUUAUUGUUUUAAAAUUUCAAAACUCAUGAAAAUACAUUUGAUAUUCUCCAGGUUCGAGACCUCAAAGAAUUAAUCCGCAGACUGAAAGACAACUAUCAGCUGUCCACAGCCGACCAAGCUCGGCUGGCCAAACAGAAGGAACUGUUCCUGGUGACCAUGUCAGAUUUUGAAGCCUCUAACAGAACCCUCCGCCGCUUGCUGAGGGAUCAACACAAACUGGAGGCCAAUGGUUUGAGACUCAGUGAGCAGAGGGAUGUCCUCAUGAGGAAAUUAGCUGAUUCAGAUAUUAUGAAUGAGGUUAGGGCAGUUAGUUAUGUUAUUAAUAGUAAAAUGUCUGUAUUUGAUAUGGAUAACUAAGUGAAUUCUGUCAUGUUCUCAAAAGAAAAUUGGCUGGUUUUGAAAGGGUUAACAAUGUGAAAUCUAUUAUUUUUUAAUGAGAAAACUUACUUUUAAGGCGAUUCAAAUCAAGUAUACUAAUAACCAACACAAUGAUCAUCUGUAUAUGGAUAUGUGGAUUGGUAUGUUAUGGAAAAAAAAUUGGGGUUGUGUGAUUGUAGGGAAUGUCUUCGAGUGCCCAAUUUUAGAAUUGGUUUGACCAAUUUUUAAUUUGCUUACAGAGAAUGAGGAAUCAGCUGCUGGAUUGUGAGACUCUCAUUGCCGACCUGAGAAACCAGCUGCGUGUGGAGAAGGUAAUCAAUGCUCCUUUGUGGGUGCAUUUGUGCUUGUGUGUGCACGCACAUGCCAGAUCGGUUAAACUCGUGUGUCUGAAUGAAUGUGAGUUACACAGAUUGAUGUAACCAUCACCAUUGAAAGGUGGGAGGAAACACUAGGUCAUAGUUGAGUACACCCAUAGGCUCUAUACACUCUUUGUAAACACCAAGCAAACUUUUGUCCAACAUAGUCAUGUCGCCAAGGACAAUCAUCUCAUAGGGGGACACACCAUUAUACCCAAGAGCUGUAGAGAAACGUUCCAGUUCAAAUCAAUAUUUCUAUUAAAUCAGGGUUAUCUUUAAGAGCAGAAUAUUUCAAUCAAAUUAUCAUUUUGUACCUUGUUGCAUCCUUUUUUAGUCUUUUUAAUUUUUCCUCCAUACUAUUUUAAUUGAUUCUUUUCAGUAGUGAAAGAAAUGUUUACAUCCAAAGAAUUAUUUAAAGGCAGUUUCCUAAUUUUUGAAACGUUGAACCCAAAAAAAUAUUAGCAAAUUAGGCUCUGAAUAAAUGAUAACUUUUUAUUCCAGGAGGAGAGGGUCGCCCUGAGUAACCUGCAGGGUUCACUGGAGAGCACUCGUGGACAUCUGCAGAAACAGUUGCGGACCAAAGAGGCUGACUGUAACAGGAUGGCGGUGCAGAUCAGGGUAGGAUAUGGGGUUUUUUCUAGAGAGGGUAAAGGCAAGAUUGGACUGAUGCCAUAGGGGACACUUAAAAGGGCAACAAAUGAAUUAUAAUUUGUUUUCUAAAUGAAUGAUUAACCUUUACCUACAAUUUACAAUGAACCAAAAAUAAGUGACUUAGAUCAGUUUGUAACAUUCACUAUGAAGCAUGUGUUCUUAUGUGACGGGUCCAACCAUAAUGAGUGAAGGAGGUUAAAAGUGCAACUGAAAAAAAAAGGGGGGGGGGGGAAUUGAGAAAAAAAUGAGAGAGAAUAAUUGACUGGGGGUAACAUUCACUAUGAAGCAUGUGUUCUUAUGUGACGGGUCCAACCAUAAUGAGUGAAGGAGGUUAAAAGUGCAACUGAAAAAAAAAGGGGGGUGGGGAAUUGAGAAAAAAAAGAGAGAGAAUAAUUGACUGUGGGUGGUGGUGGUGGAAGAAUGCUGCCAGCGGGGUAAUCAAGAGAUGUGUGGUAACGUUUCCAAUUCUGAGCCUACCAGAUAUGCACCUACGCAUGGCAUUUUAACAUUAGCUGUAUAUCCAGUGCUAUAACACAUUAAAAACGCACCAAAAAACGCACCACUACAACACUCCACAGUAACUUACCACUAUGACACACCACAAUAACUCAUCACUAUAACACCUCAAUAACACAUCAAUAGCACACUACAAAAGCACACCAAAAAACACACCACUAUAACAUGCCACAAUAACUUUACCACUAUGACACACCACAAUAACUCAUCACAAUAGCACCUCAAUAACACACAUCUAUAGCACACCAAAAAAGCGCACCUCAUAAAUUUAUUCUGUCACCAGAGUUUGGAGGGCCAGUUGGCUCAAGAGAGGAUAGAGAAGGAGCAUCUCCAGGAGAUUGUGUCCUCAUCCAAGGACAGGACCGAUCGGGACAAAGAGACACUGAAGAAAGCUGCCAGGUCAGCACUUGGGUUAUAUUUUUGAUUUAAAUUUUUAUUCGUUACUUAUAACUUGCUUUCUUCUUUAGCCAUGGUUUUAAAAUAAUCUUAACCUGAUUUGUUACUGUACUAACAGCUAGAUUAAUUUUUUUUUCACCUCACUGAAUAUUAAAAAUAAUUGAUAAUAUUUGUCAAUUUUCUUUCACUGCUAACACAUUAAACUACACUUCAGAUUCAUGGAAAUGAAAAGAUAUUUUUUAAAACGCAGAAAAUUAAUUGCAUAGCUUUUCUACAUCACUAAUGACUAAAAAGUAGAAGUAUAAAAUUAACAUUGGGCCCAUGGGUUACGACCAGAAAAGGGUUCGAAACCACUGAGAAAGAAUUUUAGUUAAUGACCAUCUGAAAAAAACAACAAUCUCCCCAAAAAACCCACCUUGCCUUUAAAAGAGUAGAUGAUCAUAGGGAUAGAAUUGAACAUGUCUUAGACUGGUUGCAUUCUUUAGGAAAAUUGUUUCAAAAAAAAAUCCAGGGGGAAUACGAUACCUUAAUUCUUGGUUAUUUUUAUAUUCUGCUAGGAUUUGCAAGCUUUUUAACAUUUUUUACCAGCAGUCUAAUGCCAUCAAUUUUUAACAUUUUGUGUUUUGUAACUUUAUUUAGUGAACCUUAGUGAUUUAGUCACUGUGUCAUUGUUGUGAUUGCAUAUUGGUCGGGGCUGAAAAUAGUGAGCCAUCUUGUCACGUGACGAUGAGAUGGCUUCCUUCAGCUUCUCAUGUGUCCCGGCUAUUUCCACAUUGUGGCCCUGAUGCUGUAGGCAUAUUUUUUCAUUGUUUAUUUAAUCCUGUAGUAAUAACACACACAAUAUUUCUGCAUAGCGUUUUGUGAAUCAAGACUGUGAUAGAAAUAUUGGGGCCAUCUCAUAAAUCACUUAAACCUCUACUCGGGUAACACACUAAUAUUUCUUAACCUUUGAAUGACACAUCCUGCCAGUCAAGCUCUAGUAUUUUUUAAUUUAACAGUUGAUACUAACUAUUAUUGAGUGUUAGUUGGUUCCACAAGCUGAUCCUGGGCAUUUAUUUACAUGGAAGCAUAACAUUGAAACAAGUCAUUGAUGUGUUUGAGAAUUGCUUUGCCAUUCAGUGGUAACUCUGAGCUAUCAAUAAGGCAACCAUGGUUUGAAAAGAGUGCAGCAGUUAUUUCAAAAUCCAUCGCCAUCACCUAAAUAAUCGGUGACCAUUUUACUUUGGCAGAACAAAACUUGACAUUGUUGUUAUUCUUGCACUUUCAGUAAGUUUGAGUUCAAGUUGCAAAAGAUAUUCAAUAAAUAUUUCUGUCCACCAUUCAGCAAAACUUAAAAUGCUUUGAAGUUCAGUGAUCAAUAUUUUGUUGUUGAAAUGUCUUAAAUUUGUUGACACACUUAAAAAUGAUUUAGUUAAACAUGGCACAAAUGUGGGUUUUUUUUUUCUGUGUAACUCACAUCUUCCUUAUAUUUGUGGUGUUGGUAAAGUUCUUAUCUGUACACAUCUCCUUCAUACUUGAUGUGUGUGAACAUAUCCACCUCAAAUAAAUGUGUGUGAACAUAUCCACCUCAACUGAGUUUGUACACAUGUGUCCCAAACUUUGUACAUUGUGUGUGUAGGUUAAUGGGUAUUUGAAUUUUAAUCAGGUGUACCCCACUUAACAAAGAUCCACUGAUAAGACACAUUUUCAUUGCCCUAUUGCUUACCAUGCCAAGAUGGUUGAAUUUAAACAAAGCUUUUCAAUAUGAUUAUAGUCUCAAUAUGUAAAUGAAAAUAAUGGAUAAUAUUGUUUUCCUAUAUGAAAAUGUAUAGUUUUUAUAACUAAAUUGUAAUUUAUCGAGGAUGUUGUGGCCUAAGUUGGUGUUUGUAAACCCUUGUAAAAGUGACAAUAAUUAAAAUAUAUUUUACUUAAUAUUUAUUCAUACAUUUAAGCUUUUAUUCUAUUUGAUAUUAUUAAAGAUUCCUCAAGAUUAAAGAUUCUAUUUUUGGUAGCUAUGUAAUAGACACUAAGGCAGGUUAACUGAAAAAAGUCUUGCCUGAAAUAAGAAUUUUAAGCUGUUAUAUUUCUGGGGUACACCUGCUGUAUAUUGUUGUAAAUGUAUCACGUCUGCACAUUUUUUGUUGUUGCCACCCACCAAAUGCUUUUUACCUACUCACGAAUCAUGCAGGGCACAGAAGGUCAGGGCCGAGCGGCUAGAGGAAGAGGUGAGUCGGUUAACAAAACAGCUGACCGAUCUUCAGUGCCAGGGCUCAGAGCAGACGGUACGCCUUUCAUCAACUCACUCUAGGUUUGAGAGUAUGGUCAAAGAGAAAGAAAUCCUGACCAAAGAAUGUGACCAAUACAGGGCGUGAGUGGAAUAGUGACUAUUAAUCCCUUUUGAGGAAUUGGACUAAUUUACUUAACAUAGAAACAAUUUAAAUUGAAAAUAAUGUUAAACAAUGUAGAAAAUAUAGAACCUAUUGUCAUAUAAUUUAUGGACACUUUUCUAUUGAUCAUGUAGCAAUUUAGUCUAUGAAUUCAAUAAUGCCCUAAUUAAAUAAUGAAAAAGCUAAAUGAAUUAUUUUUCAAUUUACACAUAUUGAUGAACAAAUAGACUUCAAAAACUAAUUUUAAUAGCUUAUUGAAUAUAAAAACUGCAGCAGAACUUAGUGUCUCUCUAAAUGCGCAUGAUUUUUUAAUAGUUACAUAUAUUUCUCUUGCACUGUGAUAUAUUAGAAUAGAAUUUUUUUUUUAAAGCCUGCAUCUCUUUAAAAUAUUUCUCUAAAAAAAAAAAAAUUAUACUGGUAUGAUUAAAAAUAAUAAUUUAUUUCUAAAUAAAUCAUAGUCACAUGAAACAUUUUUAGAUUUUAACUCUUUUUGCUUUUUAAAACUUUGAAUCUUUAGGAAUUUAAAAAAUACUCACUUCCAUUUUCUUGCUUGUAAAAUGUUCUUAAGAUGCUGUCUUACUUGUUAGUAGCUACCACCUAUAGAAAUGUAGAAUAAAUAUGAUUGGGCUUUUAAUAUGCUUUUAAUUUUUCUGCUUUUAUUUAAUAAGCUAAAUGGUAACACUUUGCCGUAACAAAUAAUUUUAAUUUUAAAGUAUACACAUUGAUGUUUUGUAAAAAUAAAGAAAAUAAAAAAAUAUGUAAUGCUUCAUACUUACACUGAUGGUGAAAUGAUUUUUUAAAAGUUCUUAGUUGUCAUUUGAUUUCUCUUCGUGGUUUAUAAAACUAUUACAUUCCUUAAAACACAUAAAUAGAUCAAAGCAGUGGAAAUAAAAAAAAACUGAAUUGUAGCUAGGGCACCGUUACAUGUGUGAACAUUUCUCAUUAUAACUGUCCACUGCAUCUAACACUUAUAUAAAAAUGUAAUGUAGAGCUUUAAAAUAGCACAGUAGUUCCUGUUGUUUAUUUUAUUUUUAAAAUAAGAUAUUUACAGCUAUUCAUAACACUAAUGCCCACGUGCAUGUUUUAUAAUAAAUUUCUUGUACAAGUGAUUUCUAAUUAAAAAUAUUAUUGUAUUUAAGUAUUUUAGACCACAUGAUAAUGAAUUUUGUUUUCCACUCUCUCUUUCACAGGAAGAUAUCAGAGUUGGAGGCACUGGUGGAUAGGAUAGAAGAGAAUGCUAAAUCUCAGAAUGAGUCCUUGACCUCAAGACUUCAUGACAAGAUGACAGAAAGUACAAAUCUUCGGCUGGAAAAUGAACGUCUCAAAGUAAAUACUUUUUACUUAAAGAUAUUUCUCCUUUUUCUCAACGUAUGCAACUUUUCAAAUGUGAAUUAAAAUUAAAUUCUUAAAAUUGCUUUUUUUAGAGAAUGCCCAUUUAUUUAUUUUACUUUAAAAAAAAUAAAAUGUAUUAAGAAUACCUAUCCUAUAGAGACAUUCUCAUUAGUUCUGGACUAAUUUUUCCAUGAUCUUGCCACAAAAAAUUUUACUUUUAAUUUUUCUCUGCUCACAAAGUCAAAACAGAUGAGCAAACUUUCUCAGCAGUUACGGGCAUUUCUUUACCACUCUUAAAUAAAAGAUAAAUAUAUUAAGAAAGAAUUAUAUUAUUUUGUGAAUAAAUGUUUUUGGAUCCAAUUUUCAUUAAAUAACAACAGAUGUGCUUAAGUUGAAAUCACUUGAUGAAAUCAUCUGCUUACACACACACACUCGCUUAUUGCAGCUUCAAUUAUGCCAAAGAAAAAUUUGAAAGCAAAAGACAAUUUUAAGUCUACUUGUAGAAUUGUUUUAAUGUGACUCAAUUAGAGCUUCAUUUAAUCUGCAAAUUUUUGGCUAAUGCAGGGGUAUUCAACAAUUUUAAUAUAAAAACACACUAAGAAAUAAUUAUUACAUGUCCAGGGAACACCUUUUAAAAAUAAAUGAGUCUUUUUAUAAUUUUUAACCAAAGUGGUCAUAACUACCUGUCUUUACUUUGAAUUUAAUAAUUUAUAAUUUAUUAAUAAUUUAUUUCAAAAUCUUGUGGGACACUAGUUGAAAACUUUUGAGCUGGCACUGCUAAGAUUCAUUCUUCUACUUGACAUCUGCUAUGGCUAGACAAAUCAUGUUAACACUCCAUGGUCAAUAUAAAAUAUAUUAUAUAUAUAUAUAUAUUCACUGCUUUAUCAAUCCUUCCUGGCAUGUUAAGGAAUUGUAGUUGAAUUUAACCUGGCUUGAUGUCCGGAACAGUAGCCAAUCUAAACAUGAUAACCCACUGGGCAAGGGAGUGAACUAGAUGAAUUAUUUUUUAAUUAUUAUGUUUUAAUACUAUGAUAUAAAACUAAUAUUUUAAAUUAGAAGUAUCACAAGCAAAUAGGAAACACAAAAUAUUCUAAUAUUAUUUAGUGUUGGCUAGUUGAGAAUUCUAAAAAUUGUACAGUAGCUAAAUUGGAGGACAAAAUCAAAAGUAUUUUAGCAACUUGAUAGCCUUGGUCAUCCAAGUUUGUUCCAAACACAAUCAACUCACAGGUGUCUGAGAUUUUCAUAGAUUGGUCCAUGAUCUAUCAGAACACUAUCAAAUCACAGGUGCCUGAGAUUUUCAUAGAUUGGUCCAUGAUCUAUCAGAACACCAUCAAAUCACAGGUGCCAGAGAUUGUCUAUGAUCUAUCAGAACACCAUCAAAUCACAGGUGCCUGAGAGGUUUAUGUUUGUCUUUUUUUUUAUAUAACACCAUCACCUUACUAGAGUCUAAAUUUUGUCUAUGAUUGUCUAUGAUCUAUCAGAACACCAUGAAAUCACAGGUGCGUGAGAUUGUCUAUUUUUUGUCUAUGAUCUAUCAGAACACCAUCAAAUCACAGGUGCCAGAGAUUGUCUAUUAUCUAUAAGAGCACCAUAAAAUCACAGGUGCUGAGAGGUCAAUGUUUGUCUUUUUUUAAAAUAACACCAUCAACUUACUAGAGUCUAACUUUUGUCUAUGUUUGUCUAUGAUCUAUCAGAACACCAUGAACUCACUAGAGUCCAAGUCCAGACAGACAGAGGAAGAUAUCCAUCAGCUGAGAGGCACAAUCAAACAAUAUGAGAAAUUGGUGGAUGAAUACAAGGAGCAGGUAACUUAAAACUAACAUUUUUUACAUUGUUUUUACUCAACCCCAACUCAGACCUGUUUACUCUUACGAUUUUGGGGUACAGUGUACGAUUUGGAGGUGUGUACAUUAUAUAUACUGUAUGUUUAUUUUUUUAAUAUUAAGAUAAUGUUUUGAACGAUUUUGUGAUGAUAUUGUACGAUUUUAAGAGUUUGAGUGUAAACAGGUCUGCCAACUUCCUAUUGGCGGGAAAUUUUUCAUUUAGUCUCAUAUCUAAGCCAGAUAGUGAGUAAAUCAGUGAGUAAACAAUCUUGAUGUCACUUAUAUUAUUAGGAUAAUUGUAGAAAAAGAAGUAAUAAAAGUGAAGUCUCAAAAUAUGUGACACCUUAUUCUAGGCAUAAAACUCCUGUCUUUCAAGACAAGACCCCUGACUCUGGGUAAAUGAAUCCAGAGCGACUUGAGGAAACCGCAAUAAACAAAGGUCAUUGACUUUUCUCCUCACCUGAAAUCAGAGUCAGUGACUCUGCAACUCCAACACCUGCUUAUCUGUGACUAAACUUUUCACUUGAUGUGUCCAACCAGUAACAGCACAACCACAGAUUUAUGUCCAUAUUUCUGAUCCACAGUAACAAACUCCUUUUUUCAACCCACAUUUUGUAGGUUCUGAAAGACAGCUUCAGAUGGAAACCUGCCCUUGUAGAAAUCCUUGUAAUGUCAACAUUAACAGCUUUUCUCGAUACAUUUUAGUUCAUUUAUUGUUAAUUUAAUCCUGUUGCUCUUUUUUUUUUUGUUCUCUCAAGUUAGAGUUUGAGUUAUCAUUGUUAGUUGUAUGCAUCCUUGGAUUUAGAUUAAAUACCUUACAACAGGGGUUUGGCAAACUGUGUUCACACAUGAUCAGAGAAAUUACUGCAUGUUUGCAUUUAUGUUCUGUGCUUCAUAAAUAAUAUUGAGUUUCAUUAAUCCAAAGGUUGUAAUGUAUUAGUAACUGAAAUAUUAGCUUCUUUAGCCUGAUUUAACCCUGUCUCCUGAUUUAACAUUAUCUCCUUAUUUAACAUUAUCUCCUGAUUUAAACCUGUCUCCUGAUUUAACAUUAUCUCCUUAUUUAACAUUAUCUCCUGAUUUAAUCCCAUCUCCUGAUUUAACCCCAUCUUCUGAUUUAACUCUAUCUCCUGAUUUAACCCCAUCUCCUGAUUUAACAUUAUCUCCUGAUUUAACCCCAUCUCCUGAUUUAACAUUAUCUCCUGAUUUAACAUUAUCUCCUGAUUUAACCCUAUCUCCUGAUUUAACCCCAUUUCCUGAUUUAACAUUAUCUCCUGAUUUAACAUUAUCUCCUGAUUUAACCCUUUCUCCUGAUUUAACCCCAUCUCCUGAUUUAACAUUAUCUCCUGAUUUUACAUUAUCUCUUGAUUUAACCCUAUCUCCUGAUUUAAUCCCAUCUGCUGAUUUAACCCCAUCUUCUGAUUUAACCCCAUCUCCUGAUUUAACCCCAUCUCCUGAUUUAACCCUUUCUCCUGAUUUAACCCCAUCUCCUGAUUUAAUCCCAUCUCCUGAUUUAACCCCAUCUCCUGAUUUAACAUUAUCUCCUGAUUUAACCCCAUCUCCUGAUUUAACAUUAUCUCCUGAUUUAACCCCAUCUCCUGAUUUAACAUUAUCUCCUGAUUUAACCCCAUCUCCUGAUUUAACCCCAUUUCCUGAUUUAACCCUAUCUCCUGAUUUAAACCCCACUGAGUCAAAAGUCUGUCUGCACUAUUGAAACUAUCAUUUUUGGAUAAUUUUUAAUGAUCUGAGUCUAAUAUGUGCAAGUAAUCUACUGUGGCAUUAACUCCCUAUGCUGCUAGAUCAAAUUGUUCUUGAAGAGGACCAAUGUUAUUGUUCUAUCCACUCGGAGAAGACAUGGAUGCCUGGUAAAGUUCAAGGUCGUUGACCUGCCAGGGCCCUCCUGUUAUAGUAGGGAGGAACAACGUUGUGAAUGUAAUCUUGAAUGUGUGUGUAUGUAUUCACAUGGUACUACCUCCAAUUCACUUCACAUGGUUCAACCUCUUGUUCACUUCACAUGGUUUCUUACCUCUUAUUUACCUCACAUGUUUGAAAAUCUUAUUCACUUCACAGGGUUCUACCUCUUAUUCACUUCACAGGGUUCUCUCUCUUAUUCACGUAACAAGGUUCUACCUCUUAUUCACUUCACAUGGUUCUUUCUCUUAUUCACGUAACAAGGUUCUGCCUCUUAUUCACUUCACAGGGUUUAUACAUUUAAACCAAUUCAAGCAGUUUUUACUUUUACCUGCCUCACAGGGUGUCACCUGUGCAGAACUUCACCAGAUAUGUUGGUUUUUAUUUUUAUAGGCACUUAACUUUUUUUCAUAAGGGGAAUAACUCAUUUCUGUUAAGGAGAAAUAACUAUUGUCUGAUUGUGUAAAUGAAAAAACAAAUUAGGAAGGGAGAGUCAAUUGUAAUAAAUGUUAGUAGCAUUAUGUGUCAAUUUUUUUUCUGGCCAAAUAUUCUGUAUUUAAAUAAAAACUUAAAUGACAUUUGUAUGUAAAGAGGAAUAAUUGUCAUGGUAUUGUUUUAGAAUUCACAUAUUUAAAAAAAAAUUAAAUUGUUGCAUUGACAAAAGCUUAUUCAUAACUUCUAUCCAUGACUCUACCACCCCCCCCCCCCCCCCCCCCCCCCCCCCCCCUGAGUUUAUUGCUUCAUUGUUUUCCUUUCAUUUUUUUUUUCAUUGUCUUCAUCAUUAUUUUGUGAGCUGCACACUGCCAAUUUUCUGAAAAUAAACAUAUUGCCUGAAAUACCAGGAGAAUGAUUCCAAUCCUACAUUAACAAUAUUAUCAUUUCAUUCAGUUCCAUUUCAUUAUAUUACACUCAAAUUACACCCUGAAAUGGACACUAAUGGUAAAUAAACAUUUCAUUUAACCUCUGACCCAUAGGGCUAGUUUUGCUUGCACAGGUUUAUCAGAUGCAGAGUUUAAAGUGCAGAGCUCAUAGGGCAAAUUUUGAAUUUCAUUUAUUUACAUGCCAUAUGUAAUUAUCAUUCUAUGCCUGGGAUAAACCAUUUCAGUUUUUAUGUGUAUUGAUUUUAUGAUAAUACAACACAGCAUUUUUUUUUUUUGUAAAACGUAUAUUUGAAAAUUUUUGUUUCUAAUUAGUUAACUCAUUUGUAUGGAAAGUUUGCAUCAACAAUGUAUUGUUAUUAGGAUAUAGCACCAAUCUGUUUAGUUGAAAUAGUUGUCGGGGACCAUGUCUAUGACUGUACUCACUCACACAUGUGAACAACAUCUGACUCACUGUCUCCAGGCCAGCCGAACAAGGAACGAGGCAGACGAGUCGUUCAUCCGCCUCGAGGAGCACUCGAGGGAGAAGGAGAGGAUGCAGCUGGAAGGGGAGCACGAACUUGAGAAGGUCAAGCAGCGGCUGCACCAACGCCUGCAGGAGCUGGAGCCCCUGCCGGAGUUGCUCAGAGCCACUGAGCUGAGGCUCCAUGACGCCAACGAGAAGAUCCAGACCUACGAGAGGAGGAAUUCUGACAGCAUGAAGAUUAUUUCUGAGCUCACUGCCAAGGUAAGCUGAUGCGGGUAAUUCUCUGUUCACACAUCCUUCAAAAAUAAGCACGCCACUAUUUACUACUGUUACACACAUCCUUCAACAUAAGCACACCACUAUUUACCACUAUUACACACAAUUUUGCCAGCUUGAGUUCCACUCAGAGACUGCCGAGCAGUACAGGAGCAGAUGCAACGACUCGCAGGAUUCCAACAGAUCUCUUCAGUCCAAGUAUGACAGCUUGGAGCGGUAUGUAUCACAUUCCAUAGACAUAUGUGUGUGUGACAGUCUGGAGAGGUAUGAAUGACACUCCAAUGACAUUGGAGAGGUAUUUUGACAGUGACAGAAAUAUGUGACAUUCCGGAAAUGCACAAUGACAGUACAUAGACAUAUGUGCCACAGUAUAAUAAGAUAUAAAAUUCCAUAGACAUAUUUGUGAAAGCAUAGUAAGAUAUUAUGAAAUUCCAUAGAUAUAUGUGACAGUCUGGAGAGGUAUUAAUACAGUCCAUAGGCAUCUGUGUGACAGCUAUCAGAGGUAGUAUGACAUUCUCUAGACAUGUGUGACAAUAUGGAGGGAGUCUAGGGAGGUAUGCGUGGCAAACGGAAGUCUCUACAGCUUUGCAUGACAGUCUAGAUUUGCUUGACAGUCUAGAUUUGUUGGACAGUCUAGAUUUGCAUGUCAGUCUAGAUUUGCAUGACAGUGCAGAUUUGUUUGACAGUCUAGAUUUGUUUGACAGUCUAGAGAUUUUUUUUAAUGACACCCCAAGAGACAUGUGUGACAGUCUAGAGUGGUAUAAGAAUCAUGUAAAUAUAGCUCAUGUUCCUGUGUCCUCUAUCUACACCUCAGGAGACUGAAAGAGUUGGAACAACAGAACACAGAGCUCCAUGCCAGUCAGGUCAAACUACAGGAUGUUAUACACCAGGAGUCCGUGAGUCUUUGUUUAAGAGGGGUUUGGGGAGGGGGGAGACACAAACCACCCCUCACUUUUUUUUCCUUUUGUUAUGUGUAUCUUGAGGAGAUUAAAAUACAGAUGCACCCAUCCAGAGCAUGUAACAUUAUCAAUUUCAAGUGCACAUAACCAUAUCCAGGGUGCAUAACACCCUCAAUCUCACAUAACCCUAUCAGGAACACAUUUUUCUUGUUUGGCCAGCUGCGUAUGGAGGAGAAGAACAGGGAAAAUGCCAGCUUGACAAGACAGCUGGAGAAUGCACUGUCAGACAACAGGAAGAUACAGGAGCAGUCCAGGGACAGAUUUGCCUCAAAGGUAGGGAAACCUGUGUCAAGGGGAACUUGUGUCAAGGGGAAAUUGUGUUAUGGGAUACCUGUGUCAGUGGAGAAUUGUGUGAGGGGAAACUUGUCUUAUGGAAAACUUUUGUCAUGGGAAACUUCUGUCAUGGGAAACUUCUGUCAUGGGAAACUUCUGUCAUGGAAAACUUGUGUUGUCAUGGGAAACGUGUCAUGGAAAACUUGUGUCAUGGGAAACUUUUGUCAUGGAAAACUUUUGUCAUGGAAAACUUGUGUCAUGGGAAACUUGUGCCUCAUGGGAAAUUUUUGUGUCAAGGGCAACUUGUAUUAUGGGAUACCUGUGUCAAUAGAAACUGUCAUAGGAAACUUGCGUCAUUGGGAAACAUGAGAUAAUGGGACAAGGGUAAGUGGUGGUGGCUGAAAACAACUGUUGCAGUUUAAAAACAAGCCCUACGGCCGUAUUAGUGUAGAUAUGUAACAUUUUUUACAUAUGUCAAUGAUUUGCGUGAAUAACAUUAAAAAUAUUAUAAUGUAUACAUUGUAAGUAUUUGUGUCAUAGGAGACUCAUAAUAGAUGUUGUUGGCUAUUACAAUUUUAUUUUUGUGUGUGUCUUUUUGGACAUACAGUCUUAAAAGUUAAGCCUCUUUGCUUUAAAAACAGUUUGAAUUUUAAAAAAAAAGUCUUUCACAUAAAAUUAUACCAGUUGCUCUCAACCUGCCUAAUGGCAUGACCCUUUAAUACAGUUCUUCAUGCUGUGUUGAUCCCCAGCCAUAAAAUUAUUUUCACUGCUACUUCAUAUAUACACGUUUUCCGAUGGCCUUGGGCGAUCCCCGUGUUAGAACCGCUGAAUUAUAAAAUAAUUUUUUUUUAUUUCUUGCAAUAUUAAAAAAAUAAUUUAAUUUUUAAAAAAGAAUUGAAAUGACUUUCUCAAACAAUGAUGGGCUUUUGAAUACAAUUUGCUAAAAUUCAUUGUUGUUUUGGCUGGCUGUAAAAACUUCAGUUUUAUUAAACAUUGCAUAAACAUUCUUUUUCAGGAAAGAACAUAUCAGACACGCAUUGUUGACCUGGAAACUCAGCUGAGUCAGAUACGAGCUGAACAAGCAAAACUGAAGCGGGAGAAAGAAGAGGUAAUCUUUAAAGUAAUCGCAGUGAGUGGUCAAGUGUGGCUCGUAGCUUCUUGAGUAACUGGCAAUGACCCACACAACAAAAUGAUUUGAAUAUCUUAGAUUGAAGUUAAUCAAACCUCAUAAUUCUCUAUGGACUGUUAUAUAAAAAUACCCCUUCUUUAAUGCAGGAGGGAGGGGGGAGGCAAUGCGUAAAGAAUUUAAGGGGCACAAUUGAAAUUCUGCUCUAAAGGUUGUCUCUCCUGCGAACUAUUAAACCUGUUUGGUCACCAUAGCAUCAUAAUAAUCUGUUUGGUUACCAUAGCAUCAUAAUAAUCUGUUUGGUCACCAUGACAUCAUAAUAAUCUGUUUGGUCACCAUAGCAUCAUAAUAAUCUGUUUGGUCACCAUGACAUCAUAAUAAUCUAUUUGGUCACCAUAGCAUCAUAAUAAUCUGUUUGGUUACCAUAGCAUCAUCAUAAUCUGUUUGGUCACCAUGACAUCAUAAUAAUCUGUUUGGUCACCAUAGCAUCAUGAUAAUCUGUUUGGUCACCAUAGCAUCAUAAUAAUCUGUUUGGUUACCAUAACAUCAUCAUAAUCUGUUUGGUAACCAUAGCAUCAUCAUAAUCUGUUUGGUUACCAUAACAUCAUAAUAAUCUGUUUGGUCAUCAUAGCAUCAUAAUAAUCUGUUUGGUUACCAUAGCAUCAUAAUAAUCUGUUUGGUUACCAUAGCAUCAUCAUAAUCUGUUUGGUUACCAUAGCAUCAUAAUAAUCUGUUUGGUUACCAUAGCAUCAUAAUAAUCUGUUUGGUAACCAUAGCAUCAUCAUAAUCUGUUUGGUUACCAUAGCAUCAUCAUAAUCUGUUUGGUAACCAUAGCAUCAUAAUAAUCUGUUUGGUUACCAUAGCAUCAUAAUAAUCUGUUUGGUUACCAUAGCAUCAUAAUAAUCUGUUUGGUUACCAUAGCAUCAUAAUAAUCUGUUUGGUCUCCAUAACAUCAUUAUAAUCUGUUUGGUCUCCAUAACAUCAUUAUAAUCUGUUUGGUCUCCAUAUCAUCAUUAUAAUCUGUUUGGUCUCCAUAACAUCAUUAUAAUCUGUUUGGUCUCCAUAACAUCAUUAUAAUCUGUUUGGUCUCCAUAACAUCAUAUAAUCUGUUUGGUCUCCAUAACAUCAUUGCAAUCUGUUUGGUCUCCAUAACAUCAUUGCAAUCUGUUUGGUCUCCAUAACAUCAUCAUAAUCUGUUUGGUCACCAUAACAUCAUCAUAAUCUGUUUGGUCACCAUAACAUCAUCAUAAUCUGUUUGGUCACCAUAACAUCAUCAUGUGCUUAGUCAACAUUACAUACAAAUUAUCUGUUUCAUCACCUUAUAUACAAAUUAUCUGUUUCAUCACCUUAUAUACAAAUUAUCUGUUUCAUCACCUUAUAUACAAAUUAUCUGUUUCAUCACCUUAUAUACAAAUUAUCUGUUUCAUCACCUUACAUACAAAUUAUCUGUUUCAUCACCUUAUAUACAAAUUAUCUGUUUAGUCACCAUUACAUCACACAUAUCAUCCUUAUAGUCACCAUUACAUCACACAUAUAAUCUGUAUAGUCACCAUUACAUCACACAUAUAAUCUGUAUAGUCACCAUUACAUCACACAUAUAAUCUGUUUAGUCACCAACCAAGUUACCCCAGCUUUCACAGGGAAUCCGACUUUUUCACAAUGGGUAUCUAAAAUCAAUAUCCAUUAGAGAGGCCAUUAGUAACUGUUGUCUGUGGAGAUUGUGGCUGACGUAGUGGGGGGCUCCAUGUUUGUUAUGCUGUUAGCCAGGACUGAUGCCAGCCACUGCAGAGUUUUACUGGAAUUUUAUCAUUGGGAAUGCCAAUUUUUUUUUAAGCAUUGAUUUUACACUGAUAUUUUCACAGAAUAAGUUUAAACAAAUAUUUGAAGUAGUUAGUUGUAAACUAGUUGAACUCCAUCUGUUGGCAAAAGCUUGCUGUAUAGAUGGUUGUAAACUAGCUGAACUCCAUCUGUUGGCAAUAGCUUGCUGUAUAGAUGGUUGUAAACUAGCUGAACUCCAUCUGCUGGCAAUAGCUUGCUGUAUAGAUGGUUGUAAACUAGCCGAAUUCCAUCUGAUGACAAUAGCUUGCUGUACAUUCAGUGGGUUUGGGGUUUCUUUCAGUGGAUUGCUUUAGCUCUUAGUGGACUACUGUAGCUCUCAGUGGAUUGCUUUAGCUCUUAGUGGACUACUAUAGCUCUCAGUGGAUUGCUCUAGCUCUUAGUGGACUACUAUAGCUCUCAGUGGAUUGCUUUAGCUCUUAGUGGACUACUGUAGCUCUCAGUGGAUUGCUUUAGCUCUUAGUGGACUACUGUAGCUCUCAGUGGAUUGCUUUAGCUCUUAGUGGACUACUGUAGCUCUCAGUGGAUAUCUCAAGCUCUCUUGGGAUGGCUGUAGCUCUCAGUGGAUUGCUUAAGCUCUCAGUGGAUUGCUAUAGCUCUCAGUGGAUUGCUUAAGCUGUCAGUGGAUUGCUAUAGCUGUCAGUGGAUUGCUAUAGCUCUUAGUGGACUACUGUAGCUCUCAGUGGAUUGCUUUAGCUCUUAGUGGACUACUGUAGCUCUCAGUGGAUUGCUUUAGCUCUUAGUGGACUACUGUAGCUCUCAGUGGAUUGCAUUAGCUCUUAGUAGACUACUAUAGCUCUCAGUGGAUUGCUCUAGCUCUUAGUGGACUACUAUAGCUCUCAGUGGAUUGCUUUAGCUCUUAGUGGACUACUGUAGCUCUCAGUGGAUUGCUUUAGCUCUUAGUGGACUACUGUAGCUCUCAGUGGAUUGCUUUAGCUCUUAGUGGACUACUGUAGCUCUCAGUGGAUAUCUCAAGCUCUCUUGGGAUGGCUGUAGCUCUCAGUGGAUUGCUUAAGCUCUCAGUGGAUUGCUAUAGCUCUCAGUGGAUUGCUUAAGCUGUCAGUGGAUUGCUAUAGCUGUCAGUGGAUUGCUAUAGCUCUCAGUGGAUUGCUGUAGUGGUCAGUGGAUUGCUAUAGCCCUCAGUGGAUUGCUGUAUCCGUCAGUGGAUUGCUACAGCUCUCAGUGGAUUGCUAUAGCUCUCAGUGGAUUGCUAUAGCUCUCAGUGGAUUGCUGUAGCCCUCAGUGGAUUGAUGUAGCUUCCAGUUGAUUGCUGUAGCUCUCAGUGGAUUGCGAUAGCUAUCAGUGUAUUGCUAUAGAUCUCAGUUGAUAGCUGUAGCUCUCAGUGGAUUGCUAUAGCUGUCAGUGGAUUGCUGUAGCUCACAGUGGAUUGCUGUAGCUCACAGUGGAUAGCUGUAGCUCUCAGUGGAUUGCUAUAGCUAUCAGUGUAUUGCUAUAGAUCUCAGUGGAUAGCUAUAGCUCUCAGUGGAUUGCUUAAGCUCUCAGUGAAUUGCUUUAUCUAUCACUGGAUUGCUAUAGCUAUCACUGGAUUGCUAUAGAUCUCAGUGGAUUGUGGUAGCUUAAAUGACAUCAGUUCAAGCAUGUUAUUCAAUAUCAGUUACCUCCAAAUAUUUUCUAACCUAUUUUCCUUUCAAUUUUUUUUUACUAAUACAGAAUGAACGCAAGUUCAACUCCAGACUCUACGACCUGAAGGACAGACUGGAGCAGUGCCACUCUACCAACCGCUCCAUGCAGAAUUACGUCCAGUUCCUCAAGAACUCCUACUCCAAUGUGUUUGGUGACACCGGGUCUUCCAUCCCCGCCCCACCUUCCCCUAUCAAGCCUUACCCCUGACCGAGACAUUGCCUUAGACCAACGGAGCCAAAGUUGAUUGCUUGCCACAUCAGAAAUAUGACUUGAAUGGCUACAGCCUCAGAUACACUUAGAAACUAAGAUUGUACAUAGUAUAUAUAAGAGACGACGUGUUGAAAACAAAGUGGUAGUUGAUAUAUAACUGAUACUAGUUUUAUUUAAGUUUGUAUGACUUCAAAUAUAAAUAAAUGUAAUCAAAAUACAAUGGGGUCUGCAAGUUAAUUGAUCUAUUUUGAUUUAUUUUCAUACAAGGGUUUUGUAUUCUCAUACACCAUUGAAUAAUUUCUUUUUCAUUCUUUUUCCUUCUUACCAUUUAACAAGUGAAUCGGGUAAAAUCACGACACAAGCUGCGGUCAUAGAUAUUCAUAUAGGCUUCAUUAGUUUACUUUAUUUUUGGGGUGGCACACAUAUUAUAAGCCAAGAAUCCCUGAUGUGAAGUAUCCAUUUAUUAAGAUUGACACGCUGAACUGCGUGUAACUGACGUUGGUGUAUCAGCUUGUCAAUCUUCUCUGAAGUCAGCUAUUUCCUGUUCGAUUAAAACACAACACAAUUCUUAUGAUUAUUUGCAGAACAUUUCCCCAUUUAAUAUGUUUGACUAUGCUCAUGCCUGUGACACUCACUCAACAGGUGACCCUUUUUCUGUCACUGGGUUUUACAAAACGAACAAAAAUUAAAGCAAAUUUUUUUCCAUAUUUUUUUUUAAACAAGUAAUAAAAAAUUUCAAUACAUUAGAUCUACAUUAACAAAAAUCUACAGUAAAAUUAUAUAUAAAUUUAAAAAGAGUAUUGCAUUACUGCACUUAGUUUAAAAUGUCCACAUACAAUGUGUAGAACACUUGACUGAGG